CUGUCUUCUUUCUCUUCAGGCUGAAACUUACUCCAGAAUCAGGCCAAAAUAAAAAAAAUAAACUUCAUCAGAACAAGGGUGGCAAAGAAAAUAACCAGGCAAAGAAAACGAUGGCACCAGUACUCUCUAUUCCUGAAAAUGUUCAGAAGCUAUGGGACACAUGGAGUAUUAGAGUUUUCAUCAUUAUAAGCUUCUCUGUGCAGGCCCUCUUACUUUGGCUUGCAACGUUUAGACAGAGAAUUCGCAGUUGGUGGAGAAAAUUGUUUAUUUGGGGUCUGUACUUGUUCGCGGAUUGGGUUGCUGUAUCUACCAUCGGAUUCAUCGUCCAGCACAAAAGUUCCACAAUGGACGGCCCUCCGAGUGACAUCUUGGCUUUCUGGGCACCCUUUCUCUUGUUGCACCUUGGCGGUCCAGACAACAUUACCUCUUAUUCUCUAGAGGAUAAUAAGUUAUGGCAAAGACACUUGCUUACGCUGGUGCUACAGUUCGGUUUUACCAUCUGUGCCAUUUUAACGUCCCUCUCAAGGCACGAGCUUUGGUUGGCAACUCUCGUGUUAUUUGCUGGCGUGGUAAAAUACGUUGAGCGAAAUGUUGCUCUUCGUUAUGCAAGUUUAGACCACUUCGGAGAAAAAUGGGAGGCAACUAAUGCUACAGAUGGAAUUCCCAUUCCAGUACAAUUCAAAGGCGUGAAGAACAACGGAGGGAUAUUAAAAACUGCAGUUCUACUCCUUGGCAGUUUAAAGGGUAUCAUCAUUGGCCCUGCUCCAAAGAAGGAAGAACUGGAGGAGAAAAUCACACCUAUUUUUUAUCCUUGCCAAGGUAGAAGUUCUCGUGAUGCGCUUCAAAUAAUUGAAAUUGAGCUAAGCCUCUUGUAUGAGCUUCUUCACACAAAGGUGCCUGUGAUUGCUUCAGCGAUUGGAUUCAUUUUCCGUAUUGCCAGUUUCAGUUGCAUCGUGGUAGCCUUGCUUUCAUUCUCAUUAGUUAAGAAGCACUACCAGUUGGGGUUGGUUGACAUCUUGCUAACCUAUGUGUUGCUGAUUGGCGCCUUGGCGUUGGAUGUCUUGUCUAUCAUACUAUUCAUCAAAAGCUCCGAUUGGAUUGCUAUUGCUCGCCUCCAAGAUCAGCACGUGUUGCCUAAAGCAUUUAUCAAUAGGCGCAGGUGGCGUAAAGAAGUUUCCCAGUUAAAUUUUUUCACGUAUCAUGUGAAAGAUUGUCCAGUUUGGUUGAAAAAUCUGGAUGAGUACUUCAUGGGGAGCCUGUUGGAAAGCAUAUAUACUAAUUUCCGAUGUCUGUCCUAUCAAAAUUUCCGGGACGCACUCUGGCAAUUCAUUUGGAAAGAAUUGUCGGACAAAUAUGAAUGGCAUAUGGAGAAUAAGCAAGAAGAUUGGUUGUCAAAAAAAGAAUUUAUAGAUCUUUUUUGGAAGGUUAUCAAAGGGAAACCAGCCGAAGAAUGUUGCAAAAGGAAACUAGCCGAGGAAUUGAUCGACAAGUUCAUUUACAAAUUUGAUAAUUUCUCACGAACCCUCCUAGUGUGGCAUGUAGGCACUGAAUUAUGCUUCCAAGACGUUAAUGACCAGUGGAGACAUGAGUCUGAAGAAACUGAUUACAGAUCAAUCUGCAAGCUACUUUCAGAUUAUAUGUUUUACCUUGCAGUAGGCGUGCAGCCCAGCAUGAUGGCCGAUGUAUUGGACGAUUGGAAAGAGGAAUUUACAAAAAUAUGUAAGGAGACUCGAUCAUUAGUACCCUGUAGUUUUUUCUCGAAUAAGAAGACUGCCUGCAAAAUGAUCUUUUUCGGGUUGAAGAAAGAAAAAGAGGACAAGCCCGGAUUAUCUGAUGCAGUUGAUCUUGCCUGCUGGCUCAAGAACGAGAACGAGAAGCAGGGGGGUUAUGAUUAUUCGUGGGAGUUAAUGAGCAAAGUUUGGGUACAUUUAAUGUUCUUUGCUGCUGUUACUUGCAGCUCAUAUGUCCAUGCACAGCAACCAAGUCAGGGUGGAGAACUUCUCACUUACGUUUGGCUGUCGCUGAAUCAUUUGGGUCUUGGAAUGAAAUACAAAACGUUGAAAGAAAUGUUGGAGCAUCCUCCCACUCGAGCGGGGAGGCCAGCAGCACCCCGGCCGGUCGAUGAGGAUGAGGAUGAGCAUACGUAUGGAGAAGGCUAAGAUUUUAAAUACGCGGGUUCCCUCUGAGAUGUGUUUAUUAUCAUUAUUAUUAUUGUUAAACUUAUUAAAGUUUUUAUUUUUUU